AUGCUGUCCGAAGCGGUAGCGCUGCUCUGCCUGUUUGGCGUGGCGGCGGCAGCGAGCGCGCAGGACGCGGCAGCCACAGGUGGCCGCUUCGUAUGCAACGCCAUCCCCCCGGGUGCCGAGCCGGGCUGCGGCUACGCGGCGACGGGCAACCGACUGCAGGUGAGCGGCCCCAUGGAGGAUGAGCUGCGCAACACCAUCAUCCGGCUGCGUGAGACCAUCCUGCAGCAGAAGGAGACCAUCGUCAGCCAGCAGGGAACCAUCAAGGAGCUCAACUCCAAGCUUGCGCGCUGUGAGGCAGCAGCCGACGAUUUGGUGCCGCCGGCGGGCAAGUCGCGGGGUCACGGCUCCAGGAGGAAAGAGCUGGGCAAGAACACCAUGGGGGACCUACCGCGUGACCCCGGCGAGACCAUAAACCAGCUUGGGAAGACCAUGCAAAGCUUGAAAGGGCGCUUGGAGAGCUUGGAGCAGCAGAGUUUGCAACUCCCCGGCGCGAACGCGUCAGCCGGAGGUGUUCCGGCACUGAGCCCUUUGCCGCCGCAGCUGCGGGAGCUCCUGGGCCAACGUCUGGGCCUCCUGGAGAUGCAGUUGCUAGGAAAGGUGGCCGAGCUGGAGGAGGAGAAGACCCGGCUCUACAACGAGACGGCGGCUCAUCGCCAACGCACUGACAAUGCGCUCAAUUCGCUUCUGGAAAGGAUCGCUGAGCUAGAGAAAAACAACAACGCCUUCAAGUCACCUGAGGACUUCAAGGUGUCCCUGUCGCUGCGCACCAACUACCUGUACGGUCGCAUCAAGAAGAGCCUCCCCGAGAUGUACGCCUUCACCGUCUGCAUGUGGCUCAAGUCUGGCGCCAGCCCCGGCAUCGGAACGCCCUUCUCGUACGGCGUGCCGGGCCAGGCCAAUGAGAUCGUGCUGAUCGAGUGGGGGAACAACCCCAUCGAACUGCUGGUCAACGACAAGGUGGCGCAGCUUCCUCUUUCAGUGAGUGACGGGCGUUGGCACCACAUCUGCAUCACCUGGACAACCAGAGACGGCUUCUGGGAGGCUUACCAGGACGGCGAGCGGCUCGGCACCGGGGACAACCUGGCCCCCUGGCACCCAAUUAAAUCUGGCGGGGUGAUCGUGUUGGGUCAGGAGCAGGACAUCGUCGGAGGUCGCUUUGAUGCCACGCAGGCCUUCGUGGGCGAGUUGAGCCAGUUCAACAUGUGGGACCGAGUUCUGCGGCCAGCCGACAUCGCAGGCCUGGCCAACUGUUCGGCGUACAUGCCCGGCAACGUGGUCCCUUGGAUAGACGCCAAUGUGGAGGUCUUUGGCGGGGCCACCAAAGCACCGCUGGAGAUCUGCGAGGACCGCGCCUUUGAGUCCUAGUGCCAGGAGACCUCGCAAUUGCAAAAAAAUAAGAAAAGACAAAAAAUAAAAAGCCAAGUAUUCUAGAUCAUUGCAAAGACACUGAUGUCAAAUACAAACCCAUGUUGGCUUCAGCGUGUGUCAUUCCAGUCUUAACCAAACCAUGGAGGAAAACUUGAGGACGAGAUGGCUUGUUGACAUUCUGGGCUGCUCACCAAACAGAUGUGUGUGCAAGCUGAGAAUCGGCUAGGCCAAGCUUCCAUGUUUGAAAAGCUAGAAGGAAAAGGAUCACGACAUUCCAUCCGUGCAUUCCAAUUGUGGAGCUUCUGAAUGCCGACUCGGAGCGAGAAGGAGUCAGCGAGAAGAUCGUUGCAAUCUGUUUCCAUGAACAAGUUUAGGAUUGUCGUCAAUCAGGCCAAGUGUCUUUUCUCUUCUUUCAUUUGAGUCAACAUGCUGUACGUUCAUGCUGCGUUCGUGCCGCCUUUCAUGUCGCGUGGAAACAUUCUUCCUGUGUCGAGGAAAAGGUUGCACGUACGCGCUUUGAAGAGCGCACCAGCCAGGGGAAGGCGUUCAAGAGUCGGCGGCAUUAUUGUUGUCAAGCAACGGCCAUAUUUAAUGCAUGAGCCCCGGCUGAUGGUGUUUGGCAAAGACAGCGCAUGCCUUCUUUUAGUGCACAUGCACGUGUACGUUCCAAAUAAGUAAGCGCGUGGACAUUAUGUAAGACAAUGUCUUGCGUGUUAAAAAAAAAGAAAAAAAAAGAAAAGAUUAGCAGGGAGGGAGGACAUUUUGAUUCUUGUCAAUCUCCGCUUAAUACCUCUCUGGCCCUUGAGCGGCGGCCAUUUCCCAAACAGCUUUACAUGGAUGCCGGCGACGAGCCCACAGCUGCCCAAAACCAGCUGAGAGCUGGCACCCGACGCCCGCCGUCAUGCCAGAGGGAUUGAGCGGGAAGGACAAGCCGUAAUUCCGCCAUCAUCAAGUGCGCUUGCGAGUUUAGGUCCUGGAUCCCAAAUAAACGUUUCCUAUUGAAAUGGAUGGAAAUGGCGUUAAUCCAUUCCAGACCCCCCAAAAAAUGUUUCAAUGACUACUCAAAGUGGAAUGUAACGCAUUAAAAACAAUUUGCAAUAUGAGUUCAUACUUGAACAGACAAACAUUUCAGUUCUUUGAGAGUUUCUAAUCGCCUGUCAAUGAUGUUUAAUAUGCGUUGAGCUAGCAAACUGUCAUAAGAUGUGCUUUGGUGAAAUACACCAGGUGUCAUUAUUAGUAUUGUUUUGUGUUUUGUUCUAAAGUAAAUGUAAACAGCAAGUGGCAAGCGACACAACGGUUAAUUGUACUGACUUUGACUAAAAGUCAAACUUUUGCUUACAAGACAAAGCAAAAAUUGGCUUGUAAGUCAACGUACCACUGAGUGGUUGUGGAUGUUUUUUCUUGUUCAAUGUUGGAACGAAUCAUCAUCGAUUCAAUCUGUGUUUGAAUAUGAGUAGCAGUCUGGACAUUAUGAAUGUUGAA